AUGAGCUCUUACUUUGUAAACUCGUUCUCAGGGCGCUACCCAAAUGGCCCCGACUAUCAGUUACUAAAUUAUGGGACCGGCAGUUCCAUGAACGGUUCUUACAGAGAUUCAAGCACCAUGCAUUCCAGCUCUUAUGGCUACAACUACAAUGGGAUGGACCUUAGCAUCAACCGCUCAGCCUCCUCCAGUCACUUUGGGGCUGUGGGCGAGAGCUCCCGCGGUUUCCCUUCUCCAGCUCAGGAGAGCAGGUUUAGACAGGCGUCCAGCUGCUCCUUAUCUUCUCCCGACUCCCUGCCCUGCUCCAACAGCGAGAGCCACGGAGGCAAACCCGCCCCGUCCCCCUCCGAGCCGGCUCCUGCUGCCAGCAGCACCAACACAAAUUUCACAGAACUAGACGAGACCAGCGCGUCCUCGGGAGCCGACGAGGGCACUCCAAUAAGCAGCAGCAUCCCCCGAGCGCAGGCAGAGCCCAUCGCGACCUCCACGGCAGCGACAGAAGGGCAGGCACCUCAGAUAUUCCCUUGGAUGAGGAAACUUCACAUUAGCCAUGACAUGACCGGACCAGACGGGAAGAGGGCGAGGACAGCGUACACUCGCUACCAGACGCUGGAGUUGGAGAAGGAAUUCCACUUCAAUAGAUAUCUCACCCGCAGGAGGAGGAUAGAGAUCGCUCACGCGCUCUGCCUCUCCGAGCGCCAGAUCAAAAUCUGGUUCCAGAACCGCCGCAUGAAGUGGAAGAAGGACAACAAACUGAAAAGCAUGAGCCUGGCCUCGGCCGGCAGCGCCUUCCAGCCCUGA